UUUUUUUAAAAAUUAUAUCCUAGUCUUAAGUGUUCAUAAAGCAGACUAAGUUUCAAUCGUUGCGAUUUACAGUGUCAGUGUGCGACCAACAUUUCAAGGCAUCCAACGCAAAACCUAAUACUCUCAAGUGCCAAAUUCCAUCUCAACUCGCAAGUGCCAAAUUCCCAAUCGGUGGCGGCUGGAAACUGAGAGAGGGACAGAGCAAGCCGGCGACGGAGAGACCCGGCGAGCGGCGAGACAGCUUCACACUAUUAUCUCUCUCACCAAUGGAGUCCAACGAUGUUGAAGAGGAGGAAUUUGGUUUCUCAAGAAACUACUUUUUGGCAAAAGAACUCGGUGGCUCCGGAAAGAAAUCUGCGCGCAAACUUUCCGGCAUCAAUCUCGUCGACGAGCCGGAGCUAAGAGAAGCAUAUGCUAACAUUAAGCCAAAGCACGAGAAAGAAAUCGAUGAUUUGCUACGCAGUUAUAAGAAUUCAUACUCAGAAUGGGCUACUGUAUUGCGGUGUGGUUUUGGGCUAUUAAUGUAUGGUUUCGGGUCAAAGAAGGCGUUGUUGGAAGAUUUUGCUGCAAACGCCUUGACUGAUUAUUCUGUUGUUGUGAUCAAUGGAUAUCUCCAGUCAGUCAAUCUUAAGCAGGUUGCAAUUACUUUAGCUGAACUCUUGUGGGAACAACUGAAAAUGAAGCAGAAAAGUGGCUCGUUGAUAAAAAAUCAGCCCUUUCACACUCAAUCAAUGGAUGAUCUUAUUUUGUUCCUCGAUGAGCCACAUUUGGAGGAUGAGUGCUUUGUCUGCAUCUUGGUCAACAACAUUGAUGGGCCGGGCCUGCGUGAUUCAGAGGCCCAACAAUAUCUUGCCAGGCUAGCUGCUUGUUCUCAUAUACUCAUGGUGGCCUCCAUCGAUCAUGUGAAUGCACCUCUUUUAUGGGACAAAAAGAUGGUUCACACUCAGUUUAAUUGGUACUGGUACCAUGUUCCUACAUACGCACCUUACAAGAUAGAAGGAAUGUUCUUUCCUCUCGUUCUCACUCACACUGGCAGUGCACAAAACGUGAAAACAGCUUCAAUAGUUCUGCAGAGUUUGACGCCAAAUGCUCAAAGCGUUUUUAAACUUCUUGUGGAUCAUCAGCUUGCCCAUCCUGAUGAAGAAGGCAAGUGGCUACAUUUUGAUCCUGAGAUUCUGAAUAACUAUUUCCAUAAAUGGGAUGCCGUUAAACAAUUUGUACACGAUUUGCCGAGAACGAUUUCUGACCACGAGUUGGUCAAGACGAGAAGAAAUUCGGACGGCGAAGAUUGCUUGUACGUUCCACUCUCGAGUGAAGCACUUCAACAACUUGUGCAAGAGAUCAACCAGUAA